CUGCUAUGAUCAACAGUUUGUCACCACAACUUCUCAGACCCCACCUGAGGACAGACGAGACAACAGCUCAGCACAGAAGAAGACAUGGUGUCAAUCAAAGCUACGGUGAUGGUGAUCACGCUUCUCACCUUUUGUCUGCUCGCCACAGACACAUCGUUUAGGUAUCAUGGCUGUUGUCGAAGUUAUAUUCACACCAAACUUCCAUUCAGUGUAAUCAAGGGGUACUCAGUCCAGUCUGAAAAAGAGAAUUGUUCAAUCGGCGCCAUCAUUUUCCACACAAAGAAGGGCAAAGACGUUUGCACCAAUCCAGCUUUGAACUGGGUGAUGAACUAUGUCAACCGUAUAAGGAAUGAAGCACAAAUUGCUCACAAGAACUCACAGUCCAAGCAGUAAGAGUUGUUCUGGUGUCUGAAGAGAGUAUACUCCAGUUCUCAGUUUGUUUAACUAAUCCUCUGACUGUGAAAAAAAAAUGCAAAGAUUUGCAAUUGAAGCCUCCGGCUCAGUUGUACAGUUAAAGAUUUGAAUAUAUUUUUUCAUAUAAAAUGUUGUGUUUGUAAAUGUUAUGAGUAAACAUUGAUAAAAAACAA